AUGCUGGACUCCAAUCCGAAAUUCCCCAAAAUUAGCCUAAAGCGCGAGACUUGGGAUGCAUUGACCAGCAAGGAUCUCCUCACCACUCACCUUGACUAUUAUUCCUCCUUCACCUUCUCCAAAUUUAUCGAAUCUCUCAACCUCCCUGCCAUUGCUGCUCCCUCCUCCAACGGCUGCCCAGAUGAUCUGGAUGUGCUGGACUUGGACGAGGAACUGACCAGAGCCCUCGAUCACCACUCUAUCAUCACCUCUCAGCUGCCUGACGAUCACAUCCAAACGGCGGACGAGAUAAUUGAGGAGAUCGACCGAUUGAUGGUCGGUGAGGCGGUAGAGCUGGAUCUGGAGCUCUGCGAUCCCCAAGCGAAUGCUGAGUUCCGUGCCACUUACGUCUGGAAGCCAUUGUCAGUAUUGGAGCAGAUGUCCAUCGCUCAACUGAACGCUUUGGUUGAUGAGUUAGAUAUCUGCAUUCGGCACUACUCGGCGUGCCUCGUGCAGGAGCUGGCUUUCCGUGAGGAGUUGGAGUACGAGCAGGAGGUGAAGGAUAUCUUUUUCACGCGCCUCCACGAGGUACAGAAUCGCAUGGACGAGUGGGCCAUUUGCAAUGCUGCGGCGGUUGUGGGGAAUGGCGGCGGCGAUAUGGUCCAUGGUGCAGACCACGAUAAGCAUGACGAUGCUGAGAAUCAGAUGGAGGAAAGGAGUCGUGGGUUGUUUGGAGGCGCUAGUUCAGCCGCAACGGCAAAAGUGAUUCUUGCCAACGCCGCGUUUGCAGUCCGUCGCCGAUGGCGUCGCAUGGGUCGCAGUCUGGAAAAGGCUCGAUCUACAUGGCAUCACCGCGGUCGUCGACACCGAUACCUCACCGAUGACAGCAGUGACGGUGAAGAUCACUACCACCGCCGCCUUCGCGUCCGCACGCAGCCCAUUGAUUCACGUGACAUCGCCGUGGAGGCGACAUCUGGUGGUGGAGGUAAAAUGUGCGUCUCAAACUCUAACCUUGAGUUGGCUCCCGAUGGUGAGGCGGGAGCAGUGGACGAAGAUGAUGAUGAGGAGUGGUCGGUGCGCAGCGAGACGAACUCCACCGCCACCACGCCCACUACCGGUGCUCCGACCAACAGCGCUUCGUCUGUGGGCCAUUCGCCUCGUCACCGUCAGAUUUGGUUCACGUCUACUACCUCUACUGCUAGGGGCAAAAGAAACUUUCAGGAGGACUUGAAGUUUCUGAGCACCAAGAUUCCCUACCACCGGUCAUCGGGCUACGGGGGUGCAUGUACCGGGCCGGCGGUGGGUCAUUUGGAGCUCUUCAACGAGUUCCUCUUCUGUAUGCUCACCAAUAAUCCAAAUCUUACGCCUCUCCUCACUGACUAUAUCCUCAAUGUGUACGCACCCAGUGAGAAGUCGAUGCUGCCGAAGUUGGUCAUUUGA